GGAUUUUUAGUGCCAUCGGACGAUGACGAGACUAACAUCAACAACAGCGACCUUCGGGGCGAUGGAAAUGGUGGGAAGACGUGAUGAAACAAGAGUAAAAGAAAGUCACCUCCUUGUCCUUUCAUCAUCUUUGUUCCGUUUCAUCAUUAGAUUUUCUUACUCCUAGAAGACCGCGAUACAACAAAUUCAACUUAGCUUGGUCUGUACAACGAUUUCUUUACCUUCUAUCAGCGACUGCUCUUCCUAUCCAAAAAAUGGGCGGCGGUAAAGGGAAAGGCAAGGGCAAGGGAAAGCGGUUUUUCGACCGCAGCCAGCUGCCGCGGUCGGAUAAGAAUGGAAAGGGUAUGCCCUUGUAUCCUCCGGACGCGGACAUGCGCGAGGUGCUCGAACAGCACCUGUACCGCGAGAGUGACCCGUUGCUGGACGUGAAGCUGCACCACCACUUCGUCCCAAACCGGCCACAGUUGAACCUCCUGAACCAACAGCGGACUUUCAUGCAGAAGAAUUUCAGCGGCACCGGAGAUCAGGGAAGUGCAAAGCACUGGCGGGCGAGCGGGACAACGGCGGGAGACAGUAGCAGCAGCACAAACAGCACGGCGAUUAAUAUCCCAAGCUGUUCGAAUGGCGCGCCGAUGGGCGGUCUGUUUAACCAGACGGAGCUGGCAGCUCUGGCCCGGGCUGCGCACGAACAGGUAUUGGAGCAAAAAGCUAGAAAAUUAGCAAUGUCAACGAAAGCAGGAGCUCCAGCGAAAUUAGGGACUACAAAUAAGACGACCAGUGACCAACAACAGAAACAAGGAUUGAAAUCAACCAAAAUGGAAAUAAACAAAAGCAAGCUGACUUCAAGCAACAAACGACGUCGCAAGGACAGUGCGAGCAGCGAGGACGGAGCGCACCACGAAUCUGCCGAUAGCGACGACGCAGCCGGCCAGGAUGACGACGACGUGGACGACGAAGAUGAAAAUCAAAAUGAAAACUCAGCACUGAUUCCGAAGCACGUUAACCCGCAGAACUAUUUCGAAGCGAUGCGACUUCAAAAUCUCGUCGUCGGUGCGGAAUAUUUUCCGGCAGAGCUUGUCGACCCGCAAUUGCACCACACAUCCUCACGCAAACAAACAAGUACGAAGAAGCGAAAGAAGGAUCUCCAAGAGGCGGCAGGAACCGACGACGAUGGCGACGACAACGAAGAUGAUCUCUCUGAGGAUGAGGACGAAAAGUCCGGCAACGAGCAGGACGAUGCAAACCGGUCGGAAAAAGACGAGGACGAGAACUCGGACGCCGAGAAUCUGAGCGAAAACGCGGACGACGGCGACGAGUUCUUUGGGGACGAAGACUACCUGGACGGCUUCGCCGACGCGGACGCAAACGAUUUUGGAGAGGUGGAAGAGGGCGGGGGCAACGCUUACGAGGACUAGAGGACAAACGGACGGACGAAGGUGUUGCUUCACGAAGACAGUUGUCUAUACUUGCAUGUCCAUGUUAUUUCCUUUGGCGACAAUGUUUGUUCUCACAUUUACUUGAGCGCAAUGAUAAGCUUGAGCACCACGCAAAAGCAAUAAAUACAGCAACACUGGUGCUGGCUUGACCACACCGCAAGAAACAAUUGCAGGCCCAUGCCAUUGAUUGAUU